UUUCACAUGCACAGUCAUUAUCAGGAAACUGCAUGGUUUGGGGGGGAGGAGAAUUACAGUACGGGAAGCAGAUAGGAAUAUAAAUACUGCGCUACAAAACAAUAUAUGUUACAGCUGUGAUAUGAUUAUGAAAGAGCCUCUGAAGGAACAAGGAAUACUUCUAUUAAGUUAGAAUGGAGCAGGCCUUUCUUUUGGUUUUACAAGUAGUCUUAUGGCCCACUCUUGCAGCCUUGUUCACAGUGGAGGUGGACAGUCCAUUCCACGUGGCAGAGUUCCACGGUGUAGUCACCAUGGGUUGCAGGUUCCAACCUGGGGGCCAGGGCCCAAACUUGUCAGUGAUAUGGCAUCGCAUCUGGCCUCCUCCAGUUGUGGAGGUGUACAGGCUGGAGAACAGACAGGAAGACCUCACUUCCCAGAAUCCCCAGUACCGUGGCAGGGUACGAUUGGUGACGGAAGAGAUGACCAAUGGGUGGGCCAAGCUAGAGGUGUCCAUGCUGAGGAUCAAUGACUCUGGGACCUACCAAUGCCUCGUGGAAAUGUCGGGAGCUGAUUACAAACAGACAACUUUGACUGUUAAAGCCUCCUAUAAAACUAUUGUUAAAAGCAUGAAGAGACGUAGGGGAGAUGAGGUAGAGCUGGUCUGUGAGUCUGAGGGUUAUCCUCUGGCCACUAUGACCUGGAAAGACAGGAGUCUCAGGAACAUUAAGUCCAAUGACACCACUGUUAGAACUCCAGACCAGCUUUUCCAAGUCACCAGCAAGAUAACAGUGAAAUCCUCUGACAAAAACAACUACACCUGUGCCUUGGUGGAGAAAGGGGAAGUUCCAAAGGGUCCAUCAGCCAGGUUUGACAUCCCAGAUGAAAUAGACCUACCAGCAAUUCAUAGUAAAUGUAACACCCUUUCUAUUGUGUUGGGCACAUCACUGACAGUGGCCUUGGUCAUUGCUGCUGCCAUCUUUGGCUGUCGCAGAUGGAGAGGGAGGCCCAGGGAUCCCAGCACCCCAAGCACUAACACCCUCCUGGAUUAGCAGAGAUCGGACCUGGACUCCUUUAGUGUCUAGCAGCUUCAACUGGCCCUGGUAAUAAACUGUCAGAGGGUCACACAGAUGACCUGUUCCAGGAGGUAAUAGAGAAGGAGCUUGUCAGGACUGUGCUGAAGCUCCUCAGUUAGACUGAGACUGUAAACUGUGUGCAAAGGACUGAGAACACAAAAGACUCAUGUACACACGUACACUCACAUUGACUCUGUCAGAUAAAGUUUAAUCAUGUUACAUUUACUGAUACCUCAAGAACAUGUUUUACGUUUUUAUAUUAACAACACAUUUCACAAUUGUUUUGAUAACAACAAACCACUGAUAAUGUGCUUAUACCCAGUGGCGAUUUUAGCAUGUAAAUCUUGGUGGGGCAAAUGCCACAAUUUUUUUUAAUGCAUGCCAGCAAAGACACAACAAUACACAACACUAAACAAUACAUGAAUUGCACUAUAACAGUGACAAACGGUGCCUACAUAAAGCUGUCCCAACAGCACCAUGGAGUGAAUCCUUACCACUGCUACACCUGGCUAUCAGUGGAGCCUCGUCUGGCAGCGAAACAGUUCAUUCAGCCCCAUUUACUGACUUUUUAAAAACAUACCUGAUAUGGCUGACUUGCAAAUGUGACAAAUGUGGUGUCUACUCACUCCUUGUGGAUUUGUGUAAGUCGAUAAGAUCCUCAUUGUCCUUUAAUAGUAACGAACUCCAACAUGAGUUUUGAAUUUUGAACCAUACACAAACAUUAUUACAUUUAUGUUCAAUAAAUUCAUAAUGUUUGUUCUUUAUCAUUAACACUUAAUUCUAAAGUGCAAGCAAACAAGCUGCGACGAGGUAGGCCUAUUAGUUCAGCACUUUAAAAAUGGACACCAACAGAAAUUCAGAUAGAUUCAGAUAGUGAGAGAGAUACAGUUAGCUUACCAUUUUAUUUGGCCUAUGUGGUCUAAAAAGGAAGGAACAUACAAUCAUAGACAAUAUACCGACACACAGACAGUGCAAACAAAACGACCCUUGCAAUAUAUACUGGAAAUACAUGAACUUUUUGUUGAAAACAAAUAUUUGAAUGGGAAGAGACUGUCACUGGCCAACAUGUUUACAGACCGAAUAACAUUAUAUAGUAUCCCCUCCUCGUGAAGAAAAGCACACGAGCUAAUUUAUGCAGCAGCAUACAAGAUGUUUUUGGACUCACCAUUGUUGUGCUGUGGUCACUUGAACUGGAAGGUGGUUCCUUCUUGUGGGAAAAUGUUGUCAUCAAAGGUGCUUUCAAGACAACUGGGAACGCUGAAAAAAAACAAGGUUGAAUCAUGACGUCAGUGAUCUUCAGGUCGGAACUAGUUCCCGGCUUGGAAUUCUGAGUUGGAUGACCGUUCAAAAUGUAUUUUCCCAAUCUCAGCAUGUUUUUUUUCUAAGUUUCCAGUUGUCUUGAACUCACUGAAGUUUGAGAUUUCCCAGUUUCGAGCUUCUAGUUGUUUUGAAUGCAGCAGAAGUCAUGCUGGAUUGACAGCAUGGCCAAUGUAUUCAACCUUUUUUGGCCCAUGGUGUUGCGAGUGAAUGUUUAUCCUUUUAAGCUUGGAAAAGACACAAUUUCAGACAGAUGUUUUAAACCCUUAAACCCAGACUUGGACCAUACACCCUGUCCACUGAAUAGUAGGCAGGGGAAGCAAAAUAGUGAUUGCUUUGCAACGCUUGCAGUUAGCCACUGAUUCCUUCCCAACCACUCAUUGUUGAAUUUGCGAUUUCCGACUUGUUGUAUAAUGUUUAUGUCCAAUGGCCGUUGAGCACCGAUACCUAUGGCAGCACCCAAGGGGGCUAGAACUGCCUAGCACUCCCUGUAGAUUCUGUGGUGAUGUAGUGUCCCCAUGGGUGACAGAACACUGAGCCAAUCACGGCGCAACUAGAGAACAUUACCAAUGACUACGCUCUGCAUAUUUCUCUGGCUGCCCCUCCACCACAGAAAGCACUGAGCUAGGCUGAAACACUUGCAUUUUGGAGCUGUCUUACUCAAGAAACAGACCAUGUUUGUAGGCUGCUUUAUUAACUCUAUGUGACAUGAAUUAAUGCCAAAAUAAUAUAUAUUUUUGCUUAACAGGUGGGGCUCAAAACAGGUGGGGCUCUGCCCCCUCCUGCCCUGAAUGACGGGUCGCCACUGCUUAUACCACAUUUACUUGCUGUAUAUGCUGUACCUUUACUAUGUAUAAUACAGAGAUAAUAACAUGUUACAUGUUUAUACAGAGAUGUCCCGUGUUGGGAGGUGUUAUUGAAAAAACAGUUCACCUCCAUGCUCACCAUGAAACUCCAGAAAGCAAAUGGGUGAUUUCAGCCACAGUUUUAGUAUUGCUCAUAUUAAUGCAGUUAUUUACAGUACCUUAAGGAUUUUAUGCUGUUUGAUACUCAUUAUGAGUCUAACCAUUUGCUGACCACAGUUUCAUUUUCAGUCCAAUGUACUUGUUCCUGUAAAACAAACUGUCUAAAGACAGCUGUGCCGAAGCAAGGAAAUGCUCUUGAUAUUUCCCACAAAAUAAAACAUUCAGUCAUCAAACAAACUCAGUCA